AGGAGCCUCAUGGGGAGGAGGGUGCUGCUCAGGAUUGAGGGACAAAUCUCUCACAGGGACUCUCUUCCAGGGCUGAGUGUGGACCCCAGGACCCCAGUGCAAGCAGGGACCUUCCCCAAACCCACCCUCUGGGCUGAGCCAGCCCAUGUGAUCCCCCUGGGAAGGCCUCUGACUAUCUGCUGUCAGGGGACCCCAGAAGCUGAGGAGUACCGUCUGGAUAAAGAGGGAAGCCCAGCACCAUGGAAAAGAGAGAAGCGACUAAAGCCUGGGGACAAGGUGAUGUUCUCCAUCCCACACAUGACAGAGCUUAAUGUUGGGAUAUUUCGCUGUUACUCUCUCAGCCCUGAUGGCUGGUCAGAGCCCAGUGACCCCCUGGAGCUGGUGGUGACAGGAUCCUACAGCGAACCCAGCCUCUCAGCCCUGCCCAGCCCUGUCGUGACUUCAGGAGGGAAGGUGACCCUCCAGUGUGGCUCAGGGCAGGGAUUUGACAGGUUCAUUCUGACUAAGGAAGGAGAUCACAGGCUCUCCUGGACCCUGGACUCACAGCCACAGCCUAGGGGGCAGUUCCAGGCCCUGUUCCCUGUGGGCCCCGUGACCCCCAGCGAUAAAGGGCCAUUCAGAUGCUAUGGCUGUUACCGGAACAGCCCCCAGGUGUGGUCGCACCCCAGUGAUGCCCUGGAGCUCCUGGUCUCAGGAGCAGCCGACGCCAUCAUCCCAUCACAGAACAACUCAGACCCCAAGAGUGCCUCCAAGGCCCAAGACUACACCGUGGAGAAUUCCAUCCGGUUGAGUGUGGCUGGAUUGGUUCUGGGGGUGCUCGGGGUGCUGCUAGUGCUGCUAUUUUGGUCUCGAAACAGCCAGAAACAGACCCAGGAUGCAGCCAGGACGUGAUCACAGAGGGAACAAUGCCCUGUUCAGAGGGGAAGCCUUGGGAAUGAAUCUCAUGUGCCCAGAAGGUUCUGGAAGAUAACAUAGGACAUAUGCUGAGGGACCUGUCUGAGGCUCCUUGCAGAUGGAGGAGUCAUCGCUCAUGUACAGGGACAAGGGCUGGACCUUCUGCCCUUGGACUGUGUCCCUUUCUGUCCCGACCACUGUCUCCUCAUCCUUAUAGAUUUCCCCCCUCUGGUCCCUUCCCCUUUGCCCUUUAAUAUAAUAAUUUGGGUGUUUAUAAAAUUCUUCACUAACAAUUUACCCCUUCAGUAUACUUUUACCAUAUCCAUUGGCCUUUUUUUAAUUGUAAGGGAGAGCUGGUGUACAAUAAAGUCAGUUCUCAUCUGUUUCCU